GCGAGAAGAAGCGCGACUUGGUCUCGCGCGGCCGGCGGCGGGAUGGCGGUUGUUGCGGGGUAGCAUCUCAGGCCAACUGCUGCUCUCGCCCCGGCCUCGCCGCCUCCUCCUCGGAGCGGGAGAGGCCCCUUCCCCCCCACCUCCACAUGAGGGAGAGCGGAGGGGGGCACCUGGCCCCUCUCCCGCUCCACCACGCUCCUGAGGGAUGAAGGCGGCCCAAGGGGGCGCCGAGGAAACGGAGAAGCUGAAUAAGAUGAGUUCCCUUCUAGAAAGGCUUCAUGUCAAGUUUAACCCUAACAGUAGACCUUGGACAGAAACCAUGAAGCUUGUCCGGCAAGUUAUGGAAAAGCGAGUUGUAAUGAACUCUGUUGGUCACCAGAAUCUUGUCAGCUGCUUAGAAACUUUGCAGAAGGCAUUAAAAGUGACAUCACUACCUGCCAUGACAGAUCGCUUAGAGUCUAUUGCAAGACAAAAUGGUCUUGGAUCUCAUCUUAGUGCAAAUGGCACUGAAUGUUACAUAACUUCAGACAUGUUCUAUGUGGAAGUCCAUUUGGAUCCUACAGGACAGCUAUGCGAUGUUAAGGUGGCCCAUCAUGGAGAAAACCCUGUGAGUUGCCCAGAGCUGGUGCAGCAUCUAAGAGAGAGAAAUUUUGAAGAAUUUUCUAAGCACCUGAAGGGUCUUGUCAAUCUGUAUAAACUGCCUGGUGACAACAAACUGAAAACUAAAAUGUACUUGGCUCUUCAGUCCUUGGAGCUUGAUCUUUCAAAGAUGGCAGGGAUGUACUGGCAAGCCACCAAUGCAAGCCCUUUGGACAAGAUUCUGCAUGGCAGUGUUGGCUAUCUCACCCCAAGGAGUGGAGGUCACCUGAUGAAUCUGAAGUAUUAUGUUUCACCCUAUGAUUUGAUUGAGGAAGGUACUGGAGCUCCUAUUAUUCUGAAUGAGAACAACGUUCCUCGCUACCUGGGUAUGAACAUAUGUGUUACAAUUGAGGGAACACUGACAAUGAACAAACUUCCAAUUGCCCCUCUCAUUAUGGGAUCUCAUCCGGUGGACAACAAAGGGACACCUUCUUUCUCCUCAAUCACCAGUGCCAAUAGUGUUGAUUUGCCAGCUUGCUUCUUCUUGAAGUUCCCAAGGCCUAUUCCAGUUUCUCGGGCUUUCAUUCAGAAACUUCAGAACUGCACAGGCAUUCCAUUGUUUGAAACCUCUCCAACGUAUGUCCCCUUAUAUGAGCUUAUCACACAGUUUGAGCUAUCCAAGGAAGAUGACCCUGGACCAUUGAAUCAUAAUAUGCGUUUUUAUGCGGCUUUGCCAGGACAGCAGCACUGCUACUUCCUCAACAAAGAUGCCCCCUUGCCAGAUGGACGAAGUCUUCAGGGAACUCUGCUCGGCAAAAUUGCUUUCCACCAUCCUAGUCGGGUUCCUCUCAUCCUCAAUUUGAUCAGGCAUCAGGUGGCCUACAACACUCUGAUAGGCAGCUGUGUCAAGCGAACAGUCUUAAAAGAAGAUUCCCCAGGCAUCCUGCAGUUUGAAGUCUGCCCUCUGUCAGAUUCCUGUUUCAGUGUAUCCUUUCAGCAUCCUGUAAAUGACUCUCUAGUUUGCGUGGUAAUGGAUGUGCAAGAUUCUACACAUGUGAACUGCAAAUUGUAUAAAGGGCUCUCUGAUGCACUCAUCUGCACAGAUGACUUCAUUGCUAAAGUUGUUCAAAGAUGCAUGUCAAUACCUGUGACCAUGAGAGCCAUCCGGAGAAAGGCUGAAACAAUCCAAGCAGACACACCAGCCUUGUCCCUCAUUGCUGAGACAGUUGAAGACAUGGUGAAAAAGAACCUGCCCCCUGCCAGCAGCCCAGGUUAUGGCAUGACCACCGGCAACAACCCAAUGAGUGGCACCACCACCCCAACAAACACUUUCCCCGGGGGACCCAUCUCCACCUUGUUCACAAUGAGCAUGGGUAUAAAAGAACGGCAUGAUUCAGUGGGCCAUGGGGAAGACUUCAGCAAAGUGUCUCAGAACCCUAUCCUUACAAGCUUGCUACAAAUCACAGGCAACGUGGGCUCCACUAUUGGCUCCAGUCCCACGCCUCCACACCAUACCCCUCCCCCUGUGUCAUCUCCGGCAAGCAACACCAAGAACCACCCCAUGCUCAUGAACCUGUUGAAGGACAAUCCAGCUCAGGAUUUCUCAACGCUCUAUGGAAACAGCCCACUUGAGAGGCAAAAUUCCUCUUCUGGCUCCCCAAGGAUGGAAAUGGGUCCAGGGGGCAACAAGCAAAAGAAGAAAAAAUCACGUGUCACAGUGGAGAAACCCAAGCAUCAAACUGAAGAUGACUUCCAGAGAGAGCUGUUUUCCAUGGACGUUGACUCCCAGAAUCCCAUCUUUGAUGUCAAUAUGACCACUGACACUUUAGAUACCCCUCAUAUUACACCAGCUCCCAGUCAGUGUAGCACUCCACCAACAACGUAUCCACAGUCUAUACCUCAUACCCAGCCCAGUAUUCAGAGGAUGGUUCGGCUCUCCAGCUCAGACAGCAUUGGUGCUGAUGUGACAGAUAUCCUUUCUGACAUAGCAGAGGAAGCAUCCAAGCUACCAAGCACCAGUGAAGAUUGCCCUCCUAUUGGAACACCAGUAAGAGACUCCUCUAGUUCAGGGCAUUCCCAAAGUGCCCUGUUUGAUCCUGAUGUCUUUCAGUCUAACAACAGUGAAAACCCUUACACUGAUCCAGCUGACCUGAUUGCUGAUGCCACUGUGAGCCCAAACAGUGACUCUUCAAACCAGUUUUUCCCUGAUGGAGUUGAUUUCAACCCUGACCUCCUGAACAGCCAGAGCCAAAGCGGUUUUGGAGAAGAGUACUUUGAUGAUAGCAGCCAGAGUGGAGACGCUGAUGACUUCAAGGGCUUUGCAUCACAAACGAUAAGUACUCUGGGCGUGCAAGUGCUGGGGGGAGAUGGAGGGGAGAGUAAGUUCAAGGCAAGCAGCCAAGCGGACACAGUCGACUUUAGUAUUAUCACUGCUGCCAGCAAGGCUCUGGGGGUCUCUGAUGUCAUGGAGCAUCAUAGUGGAAGCCAGAGCCCCUUACUGAGCACAGGAGAUUUGGGGAAGGAAAAGUCGCAGAAGCGGGUCAAAGAGGGUAAUGGAUCCGGGAGUUCUUUAACGGGCCCUGGGCUAGAUGGCAAGGGUGGAAAACGCAGCCGCACCCCAUCCAGCGAUGGGAAGAGUAAAGAAAAGGUCCAGAAGCGGAGGAAGGUGGAGCCAGAAGGCAAAUCUCCCUCUCAUAGUUCGUCUACCAGACCUUUCACCCCACCAGCAAGCACAGGCGGCUCGAAAUCUCCUGGAAGUUCAGGCAGGUCUCAAACACCCCCUGGGGUAGCCACUCCUCCCAUACCCAAAAUCACCAUCCAGAUUCCCAAGGGAACAGUGACUGUUGGCAAACCUUCCCAUGGGCAGUACACAAGCAGCGGCUCAGUCUCCUCUUUGAGCAGCAAAAGUCAUCACAGUCAUUCCUCCUCCUCCUCUUCCUCCUCCUCAUCGUCAUCCUCGUCCUCUUCGUCUUCCUCAUCGACCUCGGGCAAAAUAAAGAGCAGCAAGUCGGAUGGGUCUUCUGGGUCCAAGAUGAGCAGCAGCCUCUACUCGGGCCAAGGCGGCUCUGGAUCAGGUCAGUCCAAAAGCUCCACCCAAUCAGUGGGAAAGCCCGGGUCCUCCCCCAUCACAAAACACGGCCUCAGCAGCGGCUCUGGAGGUACCAAGAUCAAACCUCAAGGGAAGCCUUCAUCACUUAUGAACCCUUCCAUGAGUAAACCAAACAUUUCUCCUUCUCAUUCUAGACCCUCGGGCGGUUCUGACAAGCUGGCCUCUCCGAUGAAACCCGUUCCAGGUACUCCCCCGUCGUCUAAAGCAAAGUCCCCUAUUAGUUCCGGUUCUGGAAGCUCACACAUGUCUGGGACUGGAUCAAGUUCAAGCAUGAAGUCCUCUUCAGGGAUGGGAUCCUCCAGUUCCAUGUCCCAGAAGCCACCCCCUUCUUCAAAUUCUUCAGCGGGAUCUUCAUCUUCCUUCUCAUCUGGCAGCUCUUCCAUGUCUUCAUCUCAGAAUCAGCACGGGAGUUCAAAAGGCAAGUCCCCAAGCCGGAACAAAAAGCCAUCUUUGACAGCUGUGAUUGACAAACUCAAGCAUGGUGUAGUCACCAGUGGCCCUGGUGGGGAAGACUCAAUGGAUGGACAGAUGGUCCAGAGUUCCAGUUCCUCAAGUCACUCCAUGUCCUCCAAACACAACCUCUCUGGAGCUGAAUUGCAGGGGAAGCGGGAAAGGAGUGACAAGGAGAAAUCCAAAGUCUCUGUUUCAGGAGGCUCCUCUGACUCUUCCAAAAAGGCAUCUGAUUCAAAGAAUGUUGGAAGCACUGGAGUGGCCAAGAUUAUUAUCAGCAAACAUGACGGUGGCUCUCCUAGCAUUAAAGCCAAAGUUACCUUGCAGAAGCCUGGGGAAGGAGGUGGGGAUGGCUUAAGGCCUCAGAUGACAUCUUCCAAAAGCUAUGGAUCACCGCUAAUAAGUGGGUCUACUCCAAAGCAUGAGCGCUGUUCUCCCAGUCACAGUAAGUCUCCAGCAUAUACCCCGCAAAACAUUGACAGCGAGAGUGAAUCAGGAUCAUCCAUAGCAGAGAAAUCCUAUCAGAACAGCCCCAGCUCUGAUGAUGGAAUACGGCCACUUCCAGAAUACAGCUUGGAAAAGCAUAAGAAACACAAAAAAGAAAAGAAGAAAGUAAAAGAUAAAGACCGGGAUAGGGAUAGGGAUCGUGACAAAGAGAGAGACAAAAAGAAAACUCACAGCAUUAAGACGGAGAACUGGUCUAAAUCUCCUAUCUCUUCAGAACAGUCUUUGUCUAUGACAAGCAGUGCCAUUCUUACAUCAGAAAGGCCAUCCAGGCCUAGCCCUGAUUUUUUGAUUGGGGACGAAGAUGAGGAUCUCAUGGAUGUUGCCCUGAUAAGAAAUUGAGAAUAUUUAGCCAAGGUUGGCAGGUGGGGAGUGGGCUGGGGCUAAAUGUUUCAUAUAGUGUUGUUUUAAAAAUGUUUUUAAAGUUGUGAGUGCAAACAACACCCUUGUGGGUUCAGGUAAAAACAAGCAUUUUUCUUUGGCUGUUCUUCUUGACAAAUGGAGCAUAGAGAAAAAAUAUUCUUCAACUCUUGGAAGUUUACAUGGACUCUUACACAUGCAUACUUCCAUCUAAUCAGAGUCUCUACCACAAAGAAUCGAUGCACCACGCUAUUUGGUGUAGUUCUGUCACUUGUCCCAGAGUUACAUGCCUGUGGACUUGCAAGAUAGAAUUGAAACUUGGGCAGAUAUUUCAUUUCUUUUACUUCACUUUUUUAGGAACAUUUCCAUUCUGGAGCGUAUUUUUAGUGUUCAGGAUUUAAGCUUGUUUGGGUUUUGUUAUUCAUACUCUGAUAUUUACACCAAAAAUUAAUUAACGGAAUUGGUUCAGUGCCUGGUAUCUCCCCUAGUUCACAAGGUGCUGACUGCCAUCUCCUAUUAAAAAUAAAAUCUGAAAUGGAACUGUUCAGUGGAUAGCACCAGUUGGGCCCUUAUGCAGGUGGUGAAGUAUUUGACAUAGAUGUGUUACAUCUUUUACAGCCAUUUCACUUAAUCUUUGUAUUAUAAAAUUGAUUUCUUCCAUGGAAACGGUUGGCUUCCAUGCAUGUCUCCUCUGUUACCGCUGGGUAGUAUAAGAUGGCAACUGAGUGGGGAAGAAGAAAGUGAGGGUUUGGUGCUGUGAGUGUAGAUUGUUAGACUUCUCAGCCUCUUUAAUUUUAAAUUAGGUUGAAAACCCAGCUAGGAGAGAAUGCUGUUAAAAUAAGUGGGAGUGACACUUUUUCCCCUUGGUGAGUGUGGUUUGUUGGCAUGAGUGUGGAAUCAGUUUCCUCUUUGGUAUAAGAUCCACUGCAACAUGGCUCCUUUACAUACCACUCCAGAAAAGUAGGAACCUUGAGGUCAUAUGGGAGGAAUCAGCAGUGCGGCUACUUCCCUUGGUAGUUGUCUCAAAUCCUAGGCAGAGUAAAGUGGCUGCAUCUUUGACUCCUCUCACAUGACUUCAGCAGUUACUGGAACAGCAUACUGGAGCAGCUCACAGGCCAGUGAGGUAAUACAGGGCUCCAGACCUAUUAAGAAGGAGCCUAUAAUGUGUGAGUGGUCAGAAUAUAUGCUUAGUGAAUGUGCACUUCAACUCCCACCUAGAUACAAGGGAAACAUUCUAGAAUUUUUCCAUAACCACAUAGUACCAGAUAGAGGUGGUAUUGUGGUGGAUUAAGAUUUGCCAUUAGAAUUUGCCUUGCUGUGUUCCAUUGAAGGCCAUGAACUAUAUGCAUAUCACCCUCACCUUGAUGUCUUGUUCUCUCUAGUAUCGUCUUUACAUGGAACAUUCCCUGAUGCUCAAGAGAAUAGGGUAGCACCUGGUCACACAGAACUUCACGUGGUAUACUAGAGUAUACAGCAAUAAUGGGGAACCUGUGGCCAUCCAAAUGUUGCCGGACCUAUAACUCCCAUCAUCAUUUGCAUGACCAUUGGCCCUCCUAGCUGUGACUAAUAGGAGUCAGAAUCCAACAACUUCUGGAGUGUCACAGCUUCCCCAUCCCUGGCAUACAACCACCCAUGCUGGGUUUGCAACGGUUGCAGGACUUUAUGAUCGCUAACUGUACACCCCAAACUGCUUCCACUCUCAGCAGCUUUUGUGUCAUAGGUUUGCUCCACCAAGGAUUAUCCAAUGAAGAAGUUGCAUUGAGGCUUCUAAUGGAGAAGCUGUACCCCCACACAACCAUAUGUUGCAGAGUUUUCCUGACUUGGGUACCUGCUUCCUGAGUUUCCAAGAUACUGCAAAUCAUAAAUUCAGAGCAAAUGACACAAUUCAUUUUACUGCAGACAACUUGGGUGUGUACAAGGUCUCUGAUAGAUCAAGAGGGUUUUUUUGUGAUAGCCACAUCACAGAAUGUAAUCCUGUGUAUGUUCAGGCCACAGCAGUUGUCUUUGUUAUGAGGGUUUUUACAGUAUUCCUUUCAUUUAGGGAAGAAGCUGGGUUCUGAGAAACAGUGUGCAACUCAAAAUGAGAAGCUUUAUUGUUCAAGGCUUUGGACAUCUUGCUGCAUCCCAGCAGCAACAUUUGAGUGGUGUUUUCAUGAUGGGACGCACAGUAUAGUUCUGGUAUCCUCUGUAAUUGGAAUGGAAUUGUUGGAAGUAUUUGGAAGAUGAAGGCUGUGAGGAGCAAUGUAAUACAAUUCUUAGGUAUGGACAGUGUCUAAAAUAUUAAAAGAGGUAAUGGGUCUUGAACCAUGAAUUCUACCAGAUCUUUUAGAGGGGUAAUUCUUUGGGUCCCAAAGUUAAACAAUUGAGAUUUUCUGUUUUUCAGUGGACAUCCACCUUGGCCAGUAGUAGGUUUUUGAGUUAUACAAAAAGGUUCUUCAGAAUAAAAACGAGCCUUGAUCCAGUGUAUGAGGGGUGCAGGAUUUGCUCAUGAAUGGAUUCCCUUAUCGGUCGUAAUGGCUCUUUCCCUGGCACAUAUGAGGGAUGAGGAUGAUGUACCAGCCUUCCAUUUCCCACAAGUGCUGAACACCCAAUUAUAUGUGGGAAAGAGGGGAGAUAUUAGGUUUAUUGUGGCCUAUGAGCCCUCUGUGCAUAAACUGGAUUAAGUCAUAUUAGUUCCAUGGAAGUCUAAAGUCUACCAUGCUAACGGGUUCCAAAAUUGUGUGGUUGUGUUUUUUUUACCUUAUGCAAGCAGGAUGUUAAUAAAGUUCUACUUUUAAUACAAUAUACCUUUUUUUGUCCAGCAGUGAUGUUUUUUUUCAUAGGGAAUGAAGAAAGAUAAGCCAUUCAAAGAAUAGUUCCACCAAUUAAAAUUGGGAGUACACAUACCAGUAUCACACAAUCCUUUUCUGUGUUAAAAUCUCUCAUGUUUACUUCUAAAAGUGCAUUUAUUUGUUCACAUUACACUACAUCUUUCAGUAUUGUAAAGACAAACCAGAAAAUAGGAAAGAAUCAAACCUAUUAAUCACAGGUGUAGGUACUUCACCUGAGAUUAAGAUUGGUUCUUUUCAUGUACAUGGUAGGUCCUUUACUCUUGUGAACAAUUGUGUAAAUACUGCUUCUGGUGACUGAGGAGGUGGGGAAGGAAUAGACCAUUUUUAGUUUUUUGAUGUACUUCAAAUAACAUGUUUGUUUUACAUGCAAAUAAAUUUUGUUUGAUAGAAA